AUGUCCUUCACGUCGCUGCUUUCAACUAAAAUAGUCCGUGCGGCAUCAAUUGCCGAUGCCGCUUUCGAUGCUGUUGUCCUCGUUGGAAGUCAAGAAAGUGUCACCCAGUUUGGAGCAAUCAAGCAAGUCUCUGCGAUCGCACCGGUCGUUGACAAGUUCCUCAAGCUCCAUAAUGGUGCGUUUCAUUCGACUUCGCUCGUACAAGUCGACUCGUCGGUCGUUCCGUCUGGACGAUUAAUCCUCGCUGGAACAGGACACGUGUCCCGAGACUAUGAUGACGUCCGAAGAUAUCAAGCUGCUGCUCGCAAAGGAAUCGAACUCCCUCUCGGCUGGAGUCAAAUCUCCUCUCUUGGUUACUCUCCCAAAUUCUCGUUUCCCGAAUGCGGAGCUUGUUGCUGCUCUCGGAGCUCUCACACCAGUUUAUACCCCACUCAAUGUGCGCGAGGAGGAAAACAAGCAGAAGUUGCAUCAACUUGGACUCUUGGCCGUAAGUUUAAAUUGGUUGAGCUACAUUCCAUUGUUUUGAAACAGUUCUUAACAUUGCCUGCUGUCUUCCAGGUCGGAGAAAGCGAUACUUCUUCCCAGCUCGAGAAGCUUGUCGCAGCUUACGAUGCAUCCUUCACUGUUUGCCGUGACGUUGGAGAGACUGGACCAGAGAGAAUGGCCCCACCGCGUGUGGCUGAAUACGUUCAAGGAGCGUUCGCUAAUGGAAACAUCAAAGUCACCGUUGUUGAUGAUCAAAGUGUGAUUCUGAAAGAUUUCCCACUGAUGGCUGCUGUAAAUAGAGCUGCCAACGCUGUUAAGGAGCAUCAAGCUCGUCUGAUCCGUCUCGAAUAUGUUGGAGAGGGAGAAACUCAAGACACUUUCUUCGUUGUCGGAAAGGGAGUCACCAUUGACACCGGAGGUUGCGACUUGAAGACCGGUGGACACAUGUUCGGAAUGUGCCGUGACAAGUAUGGAUCAGCAGUUGUCGGUGGUUUCUUCAAAGCAAUCGAUGUUUUAAAACCAAAGAACAUUAAAGCCGUAGGAUACAUGUGCAUGGUGCGAAACAGUAUUGGAUCUCGUGCAUACACUUGUGAUGAGGUGAUCACUUCCAGAAGUGGAAAGAGAAUUCACAUUUACAACACCGAUGCCGAAGGAAGACUUACCAUGCUCGACCCUCUCACUCUUGCCAAGGAAGAAGCCCUGAAAGCGAAAAAUCCACAUUUGUUCACUGUCGCCACAUUAACCGGACACGAGGUACUCUCUUACGGAUACUAUGCUGCUAUUAUGGAUAACGGUCCAGCCAAGGCAAGUGGAUGGGCUAGGAAAGUGCAAGAAGUCGGAGAUGAAUUUGGACAACCAAUCGAGAUCAGCAGACUUCAUCCAGAAGAUUUCGCUUUCCAUUUGGCCGAGUGCGAACAAGCGGAUCUUCGACAAGGAAACACGAAGCCAUCCGUUGCUACACUUCGAGGACACCAGACACCAGCUGCAUUCCUCCAAAUGGCCAGCCGAAUUGACGAACAUGGUACUGACAGUUCUCAUCCAUUGAAAUAUACACACAUUGAUAUGGGCGGCUGUGAGGGUGAUCAUCCAUCUGUUAGCUUCCCGAACCCACUUGUGACACUUGUUGCAGGACUUGUUCUCCCCCAUGUUUAA